AUGCCUUCCGCUAUAGAACUUGGUGCUCCUGACCGUAAAAACGGCGAUUUGACCGCCACUGGAGAUUCGAAUGAACUCUUGUCUCUGCUCAAAGAUCAAAUCAACAACUUCCCCCCUGGAAAGCAAUAUAGUAUUGCAAUCAAAGAAGUCCCUGUGACUGUCGAGCGUCUGCCUUACUAUCCUAAAGACGGAGAUCGUCUCCAAGAUCCCGGCACCGCUCGGGUCAACAUUGCUGCUUCCAACGAAAGUCCAAAUGGGACCAUUCAAGACAACUGGGCUGAAGAGCACAAGCACCAAACUGUCGUACAACAACACGUCGUCUACUGGGACAAGGACCAAGAUGGUAUCAUCUGGCCUCUGGAUACUUACAGAGGCUGCCGUGCCUGGGGUUGGAACCCAAUCUUGUGCUUGAUCGCUACCUUCCUGAUCAACGUCAACCUUUCCUACCCUACAUCGCCUUCCUGGAUCCCGGAUCCAUUCUUCCGCAUUCACAUCUCAAAUCUUCACAAAGACAAGCACGGCAGUGACUCCAUGGCUUUCGACAACGAAGGCAGAUUCAAACCCCAAAAUUUCGAAGACCUGUUCUCAAAGUACGAUCGUGGUAACAAGGGCGGACUCGACGCGUAUGAUCUCAUCAGAAUGCACAAAGGUCAAAGAAUGGCCAUGGACUUCUUCGGCUGGAGCGCUGCUUUCUUCGAAUGGCUUGCCACUUAUCUGUUGCUUUGGCCUGAAGACGGUAUCCUGCGCAAGGACGAUGUUCGCAGAAUCUACGACGGCAGUAUCUUCCAGUUCAAGGCUGAUGAGUACGCUGAGAAGAAGAAGCACCACGGGCGUGCUAACAAGACCAUCGAGAGCAGGAAGAAGCAGACUUAG